AUGGCGAACAACAAGCAGAACUUUGACUUCGUCGACAUGUUGACGAUUGAUAUUGACACGUUCUGCGACAUAAAAGCAGAUGAUGAGGGGAGGAGGCACAAUAAAAUGGCUCCUAAUCUACAAAAUCGGAACUGCGACGGACAGAGCGUUUGGGAAGUAAUUAGGAAAUCGGAUGAUUGGAAAGAGUAUGGAAACCGUCCUCCAUUGCCAGAGGAUACAGAGACUUCACCAAACUUUAUUGUGGUUCAACCAGGAGGAAUUCUUAGGGUUGUACUGGUCUUAGAUACCAGUGGGUCUAUGGCUGGAGAGCGUUUUGAGAAGAUGAUCAAAGGGGCUAAAAACUUCAUCAACAGUAUAGUACCUGACAAUAGUUACGUGGGCAUUGUCGAGUUCAAUUUCAAAUCCGAAGUGGAUUCGAAUAUGACUAAACUCACCAAUGCUACAUCGAGGGAUGAAAUGAACUCUCGACUCCCAACUUUAGCUAAUGGUGCUACGUGUAUUGGAUGUGGUAUUCUAGGAGGCAUCGAGGUUGCCCAAUACAAUGGAAUGGAUUCCCGGGGCACCUAUCUCAUACUCCUCAGCGACGGAGAGGAAAAUGAGGAACCCCUCAUAGCUGACACCCUGGAUGACAUCAAGAAUUCAAGUGUUAUUAUACACACAAUCGCCUUCUUUGAAGCCGAUACUCAGAUGGAGGAGUUGGCCCAGAUGACAGGCGGUACAUCGUAUACCUGUCCUGAUGGAGGCAGUGCACAGUGUGUCAUCUCUGCUUUUGUGUCAAUAAUAGCCACAAGGCCUCAAAGUAUUCCUGAUUCUGCACCAAUACAGGUUGGGAGUAAAACAGUCAAAGUAGAUCCCGGUUCGACUGAGCUCACCACGAUCAUGAUAGAUGCUUCUCUAGGAUUGGAUACUAUCAUGACAUUCACAUGGUCGGCUAACUCCAUCAUAACCAUUUCAGUGACAGGGCCAGACGGAACAAGUAUAGACGGUAGCGAUCCAGAAUAUAAUCUCGAUAUAAGUUCGAAAAUUAUCACCAUCUCCAUCGAUGUGGCAGAGCCUGGUGAAUGGAUCAUUGUAAUCUUUAACAACCAUAAUCUCGUGGAAGAAGUGAGUGUGGAUGUGAAUUCCAAGCAACGCUCUAAGGAUGUCUAUCCUCCUGUUGUUAGCAGCUUCUUAGGAGCAAAGAUAGUAAACUACACGUCAUUUCCCCUGGUAGAAGUCUAUGCAUAUGUCCAUACCAACUACCAACCCGUGAUCGAUGCGACGGUGAUUGCUACAGUGGAGAGCACGUUAACGGGCAAUGAGACAGUCAUCCCACUCCAAGACAACGGAGUGGGAGCUGAUUUGAUCACUGGUGACGGCAUUUAUUCGGCUUAUUUCCUGGACUUCUCUUCGAAUGGGCGAUAUGGCGUUAAGGUAGAUGUAAACGGAAUAACAACCUCUUCAUCCAAUAAUACUUUAUUGAGAUCCAAGAGAGCCGCGGGGACACCAACCACUCCACGAACCCCUCAAGGGUUCCAACUUACCACUACGGCUGGUGUCUUCCAAGUCGAGAACUACUCCCCGGAUCUGAACGUUGACAUCUUGGCACCAGCUAAGAUCACUGACUUUAGCAGUGUUGAGAGAACUUACGAUGAGAAUAGAAAUGUCACAUUGACAUGGAUGGCUGUAGGGGAUGAUUUGGACCAAGGAACAGCUGCCUCGUACGAACUCCGUUUCUCCGAUAACUUUACCGAAAUCCGUACCAAUUUCACCGUUGCUCCUGCCAUUCCCGAUACAGACCUCAUAGAUGGUAACCUCUCUCAAGUCGCUUCUUCUGGAAAUCUUGAAUCAAUCUCUUUUCUUCUGCCGGGUGAAGACUCGGACGCUAUCUUUUAUUUCAUGAUAAGAGCCUGGGAUGAGGCUGGCAACGCGGGUCCUUUAUCGAAUAUAGUAUCCGUCUCAAGGCGCCGUCUACCUCCGACCACCUUACCGACUACCGACCUUUCAUCAGAAGCAGCAUCUUCACCUUCAUCCACUGGAAUCUUGACAUCAAAACAGAUAUCCACGCAGUCACCCGGAAACCCCGAAGAACCGUUUCCUUUAUGGGCUAUUAUAUGUAUUAUAUUUUCCGUCUUCGGAAUCAUUCUUUUAAUCACCAUUCCCAUUAUCAUCCGCGUGGUAUGUUGUAGGCCGAAAUCAAAGAGGGUAACUGGGCCUCAUAAUGAUCACAUGAAUCCUAUGUACGAUGGACCGUAAAACACGAGUACAAUGUAGCAAGAAGUCAAAGGGGGAUAACUUCGUGCAGGCUGCACUCUAGCAAUUGUUCAUCAUCCAAUGUUUUCCCAUGUACAACAAUCAGUUAAUGAUAAUAAUAUGAACAUUUGUAAUGCGCCGGUAUCCAUCAUAAAAAGAUGCUCAUGGUGUAAUAAAGAAAAAAAGAAAAGGAAAAAGAAAAAGAAAGGAAGGAAGAAAGAAAACCUACUAAAAAUAGGGGUAGAAUAACAAUUACCUAAAAGCUUGCGUGAAUAACCAGGUUUUAAGAGAAUUUUUGAAAGUGGUAAGACAAGAAAAAUUGAAUCAGUAGAAGUUUUAACUGGAAUAGAACUGAAUAAUUUGGCAAGGUUGUUACCGAUUUGACCAAAGUGGUCUAUGCAUGUACCAGUUUCUCCAACUGCACCAACUGCAUCGAAUCACUGAAACAUACUGGUACUAUAUAGAAAUGUCUAUAAAACAAUGUAUACCAGUCUCUGGUAUCAACUAUUACUCUAUGAAUCCAUUUGAUCAAACUGGUCAAUAAUAUUUGUCGAGUAUAUUCAGGGAAAGUUCACCCAGACGAAAAUUUUGUUGUAAAAAAUAACAAGAAAAACUUAACAAGUGGAGCGGAUCUGGCAGUCUCCGCUUAAAGCUGCAUUACGCGAUUAAAUAUAGCAGCAGCACUGAUUAUAUAAUAAUCUUUCACAAAAACACCGUUCAUAUGAUAGUAACAUAUUAUGUUCAUUGACCCCAAAUGACAUUUGACCUUGAUCACUGUGAC